AAAGAAACAAUAAAAUAAUAUGUCUUCGAGUGAUAAUAAUAAUAAGAUGAAUCGUCCUAAUUCUAUCCCAUUUUCUCCAAGCAUUUGGAAAGAUUAUCUCAUGUCAAAUGUUUCCAAUAACUCUCUUAUGGAUAUGAAGGAAAAUAAUGAUGAUAGUGAAAUAGUUAUUCUGAAGAAAGAAGUGAAGAAGAAAAUACUUGAGCUUGACUAUGUUGAAAACCCAUUAGAGACACUUGAAUUUAUUGAUUCAAUUCAACGAUUGGGAGUGUCGUACUAUUUUGAAAAUCAAAUUGAAGUAGUUUUGAAGAACAUAUGUAACAAAUUUCACGAGGAAAAUAAUGACGACGAUGAUCUCUAUGUUGUUGCUCUUCGAUUUCGAUUGGUUAGACAACAAGGUUAUUAUAUGUCAUGUGACGUGUUCAACAAGUUCACGAACAAUGAAGGAAAAUUCAAAGAGUCACUUUUUAACGAUAUUCGAGGAAUGUUAAGCUUAUAUGAAGCGUCACAACUAAGAGUGCAUGGAGAGAAAAUACUAGAUGAUGCCCUAAUAUUCACAACAAAUAACCUCGAAUCUGUAGCUAAAACCUCGAAAUUAAGCUCUCAUAUUUCAAACCAAGUAAAUCACGCGUUGAAAAACCCUAUUCGAAAGAGCUUGCAAAGGAGACAGGCUAGACAUUACAUGUCUUUAUACCAUCAAAUCUCUUCUCACAAUGAGCAUCUUCUAGCUCUAGCUAUACUAGAUUUCAACUUGCUACAAAAACUUUAUCACAAGGAAUUAAGUGAUCUCACAAGGUGGUGGAAGAAGUUUGAUUAUGAAAGAAGGCAAUCGUUCUCUAGAGAAAGAAUAAUGGAUUGUUACUUUUGGACUUUUGGAGUGUUUUUUGAGGCUGAAACCUCACAUAUUAGGUUGCUGAUGAGCAAGUUGAUUGCUUUGCUCACUCUUGUUGAUGAUAUUUAUGAUAACUUUGGGACUCUUCAAGAGCUACACCUCUUAACUGAAGCAAUACAAAGGUGGGAUAUGUGUUUGAUUGAUCAACUACCAGAGUACAUUCAACCAUGUUACAAGGAAAUCUUGAACCUUUACACUGAAAUUGGAGAAUUUACUAAGGACAAAUCAUAUUGCCUUAACUACGCUAAGAAAGGAUUCCAAGAGCUAGUAAAAGGGUACUUUGAGGAAGCCAAAUGGUUACACCAAAAACAUAAUCCAACACUAGAUGAGUAUAUGCCAAUUGCACUUGUUACUGCUGCUUCUCCUCUACUCAUUGCUAUUUCAUUUAUUGGAAUGCCAAAUGUUGUUACAAAAGAUUCUAUGAAUUGGAUCUUUUCUCAUCCACAGCCUAAAAGUGUGCGGACUCUGUCGAUCGUUGGUAGAGUUCUUAACGACAUUGGCUUUUAUCAGUGGAGGGAAAGGAGAACAGAGAAAGUAGAUUUCUCAGCUGUGAAUUGUUAUAUAAAACAAUAUGGUGUGGAAGAAGAAGAAGCAAUACAAAGACUUAAAGAACAAGUUAGUGAUUCAUGGAAAGAUCUGAAUGAAGAGUGUCUCUAUCCCAACAAUAUGAAUAUCCCAAUGCCACUUCUAAUGAGAGUUCUUGAUCUUGUACGCAUGAAUAAUGAAUUAUACAGAGAAGGAGAUGGUUUUACAAGAGAAGCCUUCAUCAAAGAUUUGAUUGAUUCUCUCAUCAUCAAUCCCUACAUCCAACAAUAAUUAUUUAUAUAAUAGGGUUUUAUUAACUCGUAUCGAUAGGAAGGGACCAUUAUAACUAGUUAAGAGCACUCUCAACAGUUUCUUUACUCUAUUCUUUAAAAUACAUCACCAAUUAAAACUCCACUUUAUUUAUUUUACCUCAAACUUUUAUACUAUAUCAUAUAUCAACUUCUCUAUUUU